UAUGAUUGUGAAACAUAUACUCAAUUAAAUUGUCAAUUUAGAGGAAAGAACGAUGGAGGAAUAGAUCUAGAAGUUGGGGUGCAAUGUAAAGCUUAUUUUAGUCACAACAUAGAUAAAGACCACAUUGACGCAUUUAAGACCGUCGUGCGAGAACGUGGUUAUGAUAUCGGCGUUUUUGUAGGAGCUUCAGAGAAAAGAAUUUCGUUGGGGGCGUAUAUAUCGGCUACAAAAUCGGAUCGUAUUAUUGUUACUACCCAUAAAAGAAUGUGCCGAGAUAUUCUUGAUUUUAUCAUUAAUCGAUUAAAUCAAAAAUCUCGUGCCUUGGAAGACAGAUGCAAAUUUAG